AAAAGAGUGCCGGCCCCUCGUACUCCACUCUGGCUUCACGCAGGCACUCGGCGUCAGCAGAAAAAGUGCUAAUGUGAUCAAGAUGGAAGCGGUGCGUGGAGCUUUUCUGCCGCUCCGUCUCGCCUGCGCUCUCACGGCCUGGCCGUCUCCUGGGCCCCGGCUUCUCAGCGUCUGCCCAGCGGCACACGCGUCUACCAAAGCGACCCGGGACGGCUUGAAGUUUGUUGUUUACGCGACCGUGAUUUAAGGGCCGCAGGCAUGUCAGAGUCCGAGCGAUGGAUGGAAGGAUUUGCCGUGACCCCAAACUCUUGAGUGAUCGUUUUUUAAAGAGAGUCGUUGCAGAUUUCUGGAUCUUCUUGCCUUUUAGAUAUCUCAUCGCCCUGGAUGUCCGAUCUACCGCUUUGAAACAGAUUCAUGGGCGUUUGUAUUGGACAACGCUGUGUUUGAAUACAAGCCAGGCAGUAAAGCAGAGUUUUAUUAUUUGAAGUGUGGUGGUGGUGUUGGCGGUGGUCGGUGGGGCUUUUACCUCGGAGGGUCGGAGGUCAAGUCCUGUUGAAGUUGGCUCUUCUCUCCUCAGGAAUAAAAAGGAACGGGCGGAGCUGAGUGUAUCUGGUCCUCCGGUUGGUCACGGCCCAUGGCUUAGCAGCGGAGGAGGUUGUUGACCAUGCCAGUAGCCAUGCGGAAACGGAGCUGGGAGGAGCACGUGACCCAUCGCUCGGGGUUACCGUACAGCUUUGAUGACCUGGACCUGGUCUGCUGUCGUAGCACCGGCCCCGGCCCCGGUGACGGCUCUAAACACGGCCGCCAGGUGCGUUGCGCGUCCAUGCCGGAGUGCCACCACCACCGGCCGGCGCCGGACGGGAUUCCAAGGGGGAGCGACGCUGCGGCGUCUGUGGUCGGGGACGCAAGGCUUCUUUGCGAGACGCGGGAAGAUGCAGUCGGAGAGGUUGACACUGGCUGUUCAGGGGACGGGCCGGAGGAGAGUGGAGUCCUUGAGUCGCCCGGGUCACAGGGUCCCCUAGGCUCGCCGAGGGAGGCCGCUUCCAGCCCGGACUCCAAAGAUAGACUAUCGAGCCUCACAGUUAUUAACGGCACAGUCGAUAGUGGUUGUGAAAUCAGUCGUUUUGGAGACGGUACGGAACACGGCGACAGCGAUGGAGUCGCUGACGGCGGUCGCAGCGGUGGCAGUGACGGCGACGUGGUCGCUGGUGCAAGUAUGGUUUCCGAGGAGCCACAGCAGCAACCGUGCAUGUCUAUUAGUCUAGACAAUGGGUCUCUAGCGUCCGCGCUUGCCGUUAAUCAGACUUAUGAUUAUUAUGAAACAAUGGAGAGCCAAACAGAUGGCCGGGGCGAGCCUUGCGAGCCCCCGGGCGCCACGCUGACCUAUUCUGCUGAACCAGAAUCCGAUGCUGUCCCUCCCAACACCGAGAGACAGGAGGAAAUCUUCCCCGCGUCUCACGCCGGGAUGAAUUACAGUCUAUCUUCAGGUGAGGCGUGCCGCUUAUCCGACCCGGCGGAAGAUAGCGACGGAUGGCUGCGGGCUAACCGGGUUACGGAGCAGACGGUGACCGAUGCCGCGGAAGAGGAAUGCAGCGCAGCAGGAACAGAACGCAGGAGCGUAGAUGCUGUCGAUAAGGUAAAAGGAUUAGAUCUCCCCGCAACACUGGUGGCUGAAAGUCAGGCGGCACCUUCACCUCCGGCGGCGUCAGAGGGACCCGCGGUGGAGGAGGUGGAUCACAGUUCUGAUAGCCUGGCUUUCCACCACAGUGUGUUGGCGCUGCAUGACGUUGGGAUCGCAGAGAUGGAUCAGAACCGAGAAGAGGAUAGGGCUGAAGUCAACGGCCAGGCUGAAGUCAACCAGAGUUCAUCGACGGCUGGUGGAAUGCAUGUUAAAGUUCAAUGCUGCACCGAGGGAAUCAAUGGCCAUGUGUUAUCUGAACAACAACUGGACAGUGGACUAGUAACAAACACCAUUCAGUGUGAGGAGGAAAAUAUGGAAAACAAGUCCUCUGUGAAUCUCGACGGGAGCCCAGUAUCCCAUGACUUGACCUUUUCAGAGAGCCAAACCAAAUCUCAACCCGGACCGCUAGAGAACAGCGUGUCAAAACUGGACACGAUUCUCGAGUUUAACUCUUCCGAGUCGGACGACAAUCCAACGCCGAAGACACCCACGAAUAACGCCUUGAGUCUCGCCGACGCGCCAUUGGAUCAACAACCCACCAAUAUGGACUCAAAGCAAAACACCACCACCCUCCAGAGACCUCAGACAGAGGCUUCAGCACGGGUGGUGGAGGAUGACCUCACACCACAUGGACUCCCUGGCAACCGAGCCUCUGGCUGUUACCUAGGUGAGCCACCUGCCCGCGAUGGGCCAGAUGGUCAGAGCAAACACCGCGGCUCAGACACCACAUGCUCCACAUUUGAGGAGAUGGAGGAGACGGAGGCAGCGCAGGCGGCCGCUGCACAUUGCGGCCCUCAGGGGCCGACUCCUGGUCCCCACGAGAUGAGUGAUUCUGAGGACCUGAAGGAUGACAGCGCGGUGAAGAUGCGGGUUAAAAAGCGGGAUAGUCCCCGCCUGGACUCCAUGGUGCUGCUGCUGAUGAAGCUGGACCAGUUGGACAAGGAGAUUGAUAACGCUCUCAGUGCCACCUCUUCCAUGGACAGCACCCCCACCCCACGCAGGAGACACCUGGAUAUGGAUCCAGGGUCUCAAACUGGCAACCCUUCCCAGGAGACCCUUGUAUCUGCUGCUCCAUCGAAACCCCAUCUUGGCGCCAAACCCAAGACAUCGGUGAGUACGGUGCUGCCUUCAAGACCUGCUUUGCAUCAAACACCACACAUAAGUCUUCAGUAAUUUGGCAGACACCAUUCAGAAGACACCCAAGCAAAUCACAAUGAACACUUGGGGAACCAAGAUUCCCUGAGUUAGGCCGUCUUGCUCAAGGAUGAACAAGGGAUUGACCCCAUUACCUUUGUGCUGGGCGUUGACCAUCCUAGCCUCUACAGUACCCAGCCCCUAUGGACGAGCAAUUGCUCUGUCAUCUGGUGAAGUCCGGUGGUUGUACUUCUUGAUUGAGAGACGAUGCCUGGCUUCCUCUUUCAGCUCUUGGUCUGGGCUGUGUGACAGGGGAGGUGGAGUCCCUGGCCUCACAGUUGAUCAAGCGGCACCAGGCUUUCAUAACGGCCCUGCUCUGUGAUUGGUCUGGUGCCUUCCGUUGUGCUCUGGGGCCCCGGGGGCCGUUAUACACUCCUGACUUCCACUGCAAAGUCUCUGCUCUAUCAGUCUUCAUUAAGAGUGGCCUGGUGUGUGUGUGUGUGUGUGUGUGUGUGUGUGUGACGUGUGUGUGUGUGUGUGUGUGUGUGUGUGUGUGUGUGUGUGUGUGUGUGUGUGUGUGUGUGUGUGUGUGUGUGUGUGUGUGUGUGUGUGUGUGUGUGUGUGUGCAUUAUUUACUUAUGAAACACUCUGACACACAUAUCAACACACUCAUUAUGAAACACUAUUUUACACACACACACACACACACACACACACACACACACACACACACACACACACACACACACACACACACACACACACACACACACACACAGCACUAUCACACACUCAGGGUGACUUGCGUAUUGGAGGAAUGUUUCCAGGCACUUAGAGCUUAGCCGAGCAGACGGUAAACUCUAUAAUUAGCAAGUUCUGGGGUCUAGAUCCCCUCUGCUCCAACAAAGAGGUCAGAAGGGGUGGU